CCGGGAUCGUAGGGAUGUCGCUCGUCCUGCUCCUGGGCAACGCCCACUAAUACGCCGCCGGGCACACGAAAAAAGAAAUACGAGAAACGCGAUUCGAGCAGUGUGUCGUGCCCUAAAAACAAAUCGGAAACAAUUGCGUCCACUUCAAUUGUUCGGGUCGGAAAAUACAAAAACUGUACACAGAUAGCUAAAACAAAAAAGGAAAAACAAAAAGGAAGUUCUAGAGGAAAGAACCAGUGCCGCGCAGCGCUUUUUUUUACAUCAUCCGUUUGACUGUUUGUUUUGACUUCGCUUUUGUUCCGUCGCUAUGGUAUACGCAAUGAGGAAAGGAUGCUUCUCGGAAUUGUUCUACUGCUCGCUGCUCGUCUUAUCCGUCUUCCACUCAGAGGCAGUGAAGUUGACUAAUCUGAGCGCGCCGGCCGUAAUAGACUUCAGGGAUGAGUUGAGACUCGAGUGCCAAUUUGACAUGGGCGACGAGCAGCUCUAUGCAGUGAAAUGGUACAAGGAUGAGCAGGAAUUCUUUAGAUAUGUGCCGAAUCAUCAGCCCCAUGUGAUCACAUUUCCGGUGUUCGGGGUGAAAUUGGUCGGAGAGGAGACGAUUUGCGACCAGACCAGGUGCCAGCUCGUGCUCUCCGAAUUGCUGAGGGUGAAGAGCGGAGGAUCCUACAGAUGCGAGGUCUCCAGCGAAGCACCGGCCUUCCAUCUGGCCUCCGGCACCCUUAACAUUACAGUCGCAGCGGUGCCAAAGGGCAAGCCGACGAUCGAGGGCCUCGAUCCAUCCUACCUCGAGGGAGACAUCCUAUCAGCUAAGUGCACGUCGGCGCCGUCCGACCCGCCGCAGAUCAUCAACUGGUAUAUCAACAAUGAAAGGGCUCCUACCAAGUUCGUGAGGGAUUUGAAGACGUCGAUCCCGGACCACGACGGACUUAGCUCAACCUGGCAGAUGAUCCGCUUCGUGGUGGUGCAGAAGUACACAGAAUCGGGGGCCAAGGGCUUCGAACUUGGAUGCGAAGCGGUGCUUCCCGGAGCGCCAUUUACCUCUGCCCUACGAACCAUCAAGAACGUGGCGCUUCUCGACCCCGACGCCCACAUAAACAACCAGCGCUACUUCCUGUACAGUUCCUCUUCCUCCGUACUCCCCAUCGCCAUCCUCCUCACGAUAACUACCCUACUCGUUCUCAUCCAAAGGUAGAUCAUCUUCCUUCUCUAACCACCCCAACUACAACCCAAAAUCGCGCAGAGUUAACUCCGGAUCUUUAAUAUACUAGAGAUAUAAACACAGUAUGUAUCAUAGCAACAACAAAAAUAACUUUAACGCUAAGGUAAGCGUGUGCAAUUAUACUUUCCACCCAAAUAAAACUAUACUAAACACAGAAACACACGACCCCCACGGACUCUCUCAUCAAAAGAAACAACAACAGAGUUUCGAUCCGGUCGGAAUCAUCAAAAUUUCAAGAAGAGAGUAAUUGAAAUUUUCAUAUCAUAAAUAAUUUGUAAAUACUAAAUAAUUAAUCAAAUCGAUAUAUUUCAAUGGAGGUAAACUUUCCGAAACUAUGAAGACGAGAGACUUAGUUUAGAAUUCCCAAGCAAUAACAAAAUAAUUGUUUCUUUCUCGUUCGUUUCCAGCUACCUCCCCCUUUCUCUCUCAUUCACAAACCAUUAACUACACACACACACUAAACUAAACUUAAUUAAAAUAUAUAUAU